AUGCAACACCGUCGUGUCUCCCACGCUUCGUUCCUGCUCGCGCUCCUCGUGCUGCACAUAUCCCUGCUCGUCAUCAAAGCCGAGACAAGCACGAAGAAAAGUGUCGAGGGGCAGUUCCCGCACGUGUCGGAAGCAAUACUGGAGCAGCUCGGGUAUCAGAAGACAAACCGGUACUCGUUAUCAGCUUUGAAACCAGUAGCGCCCCGCAAACCUGCACCGGAUUUCCGCAACGUGAAUGCUGUUGUCAACGAGAAGUUCGAAAAGGUGUCACUGAGUGACUACAAGGGCAAGUGGCUGAUCCUCAUGUUCUAUCCGUUCGACUUUACCUUUGUGUGCCCCACGGAGAUUGUGAGCUUCAGUGACAGGAUCGACCAGUUCCGCAGUAUCAAUGCUCAAGUCGUGGCGGUCUCCACGGACUCGCACCACACGCACUUGGCCUGGAUCAAGACACCGCGUACUGAAGGUGGACUGGGCAAGAUGAACAUCCCGCUCAUUGCUGAUAUCAGUAAGCGUAUCGCUGAGGACUAUGGUGUGCUCGUCAUUGACGAGGAGGACGAGAUGUACGGUGCUGCUCUCCGCGGGCUCUUCAUUAUCGACCCCGAAGGCAUCAUCCGCUCGAUCCAGAUCAACGAUGACGCAGUUGGACGAAGUGUCGACGAGACGCUGCGUCUUCUUAAAGCGUUCCAGUACUCUGCGUCGCAUCCACACGAGGUGUGUCCUGCGAACUGGAAGCCUGGAGACGAGACCAUUACGACGAAUCACGUGGAGAAGAUGGAUUUUUUCCAGCACGUGUAUGGUGAUAAGUAG